UGCGCCCCCGGGCUUUUCCUGCGGGCGCCCGCAAAGCGGAAGGGCCAAGAGCGGGCAACCCGGGCGGCGGACGGAGCACGUGUGUAUGCGGGCGGGCGUGUGCCCGCUUUGUGCCGCCCUGAUUGACGGCCGCCCCGCCCCUCGCCUCCAUUCCGGGCUCGCUCCGGCGCCGCGCCUCGACCGGGCGUCCCGCGGCGCCUCGAUCCGGAUCCUCGCCUCUCCGGGGAGGGACCGGAGGCCGGGCCUCCCCUCCCCUCCCUCCCUCCCUCGCCUGCCCUCCCCCCCCCCCCGCUGCCCCGCGCGCUUGCUCAGUGGGCCCGGCCGUCUGACUUCGCGUCGGCUCCGUCGAGCAGGUCCGGGGGUCCAGCCGCGGGAGGGGCUCCACGCGCGGAGGCGGCCGGCGGAGGCACCGCGCGUCCCGAGCAAGAUGCGCGCCGCAGGGGCGACGGUCCUGCUGGCCCUUCUGUGUCUGGCCGGGCAGCCGGUGGAAGGGGGUGGGAAGAACUUUUAUCAAGGACCAUGCGGGGGUCGCGACUGCGGUGCCAGCUGCAGCUGCUUUCCAGAGAAAGGUGCCCGGGGUCAACCAGGGCCAAUUGGAAGUCAAGGACCAACGGGUGCCCCUGGAUUUGCUGGAUCAGAAGGCUUGAGAGGACACAAAGGGGAGAGAGGGAGACAGGGUGCCCCAGGAGCUGCCGGACCGAAGGGAGAUAAGGGUCCAAUGGGAGUUCCCGGAUUUCAAGGAAUAUACGGGGUUCCUGGACACCCGGGCCAGGCCGGACGCCGAGGUCUACCUGGCCUAGAUGGCUGUAAUGGUACUACUGGGAGUCCAGGUGUCGCAGGACCAGGUGGAUUUCCUGGCACGCUGGGUCCACCGGGUCGCCCUGGCCCAAAGGGUCCAAAAGGAGAACCUUCAUUUCUCCAGGGCGUUUUUAAAGGAAUUCAGGGAGAAGAUGGCCUUCCUGGACUGAAUGGUGAAGUUGGUCCAAUCGGCCGCCCAGGUCCACCCGGUCCCGCUGGCCCAGUUGGGCUACCUGGCUUUGCGGGGCCACCAGGUCUACCUGGCCCUCCGGGUCUUAAAGGGAACAUGGGCCUGGGUUUCCAGGGAGAGAAAGGAGAAAAAGGAGACGUGGGCCUGCCAGGCCCUGCUGGACCUCCGCCUUCCACUGGGAUCCUGGAAUUCAUGGGUUUCCCCAAAGGGCAGCAAGGAGCAAAGAGAUCAGUUACCCUGAAUGAAAUGGCUUCUCUGGAGAGUGGACUCUAUGACCUCUAUGACCCCCCUCUCCCUAACACUCCCCAAGCUCCGCCCCCAAACCUCCAAGGCGAUGGCGUCCUGGGCUAUCCAGGGGACAAAGGCCUGCCAGGAUUGCCUGGUUUCAAGGGUCGGCGUGGCGAGACAGGCCUCCCUGGGGUUGGUUUUCCAGGCCCAAAUGGAAAUCGAGGACCUCCGGGCGAUGCAGGCAUAGACGGUCUUCCAGGACAACCUGGACCUCCAGGUCUUCCAGGUGCCUGCUGCUGCGAUGAGGAGUUUGGUAAUGGAAUCUUAGACACUGAGGGAGGCAUGACUCUGCCUUGUAUAACUCCUGGAGCAAUUGGACUACCUGGGCUUCCAGGCCCCCCAGGAUUUCCAGGUUCCAAAGGUACCAGAGGGUUUCCAGGGAUUCCAGGACAGCCUGGAUUACGUGGUGGCAAAGGGCAGCCAGGUAUACCAGCAUUAAGCGGACUUCCAGGAGUACCAGGCUUUCCUGGCAUUCGUGGAGACGUGGGGCUUCCAGGACUUCCGGGGACUUAUGGAAUAGAUGGGUUACCUGGAAAGUUGGGUCCUCCUGGCUUGCCAGGUGCAAAGGGAGCACCUGGUGAAGUGCUAGGAGCCGAGAGAGGACCUCAAGGGGAGCCUGGGCGACCAGGGUUGCCAGGAGAGAAAGGCAUGGCCGGAAAUCCUGGAUUUCCCGGGGAGAAAGGUGGAAGAGGCAUUGAAGGACCCACAGGUGACCCUGGAUAUCGAGGAAACGGUGGAGUAACUGGGCCAAAAGGUGUGCCAGGUGACCUUGGCCAAGAAGGACCACCAGGUUUUCCUGGAAUUGGUGGUUCCCAAGGAAAUGCAGGUUUUCCGGGUAGUCCAGGAAGACCCGGCUCUCCGGGAUUCCUUGGACUUCAAGGCACAGCAGGGCUAAAAGGAUACCCUGGUUUUUCAGGAUUGGACGGUCUGAAUGGCUUACAAGGCACAAAGGGGUCACCUGGAACGCCAGGUCCAGGUGAAAUUGGACUACCAGGCUCUGCAGGGCUUCCAGGUAUCAAAGGUGAACAAGGUACCCCAGGUAUUCAAAGAGGAGGCCCAGGGUUCCCUGGACUGAGAGGAGUAAUAGGAGACACAGGACUUCCUGGUACCAGAGGUUUACCUGGUGUGCAAGGAACUCCCGGCACCUCUUUUCCAAUCCCUGGGAGACCUGGUGAUGCUGGACAUCCUGGAGAAGAUGGUAUACGAGGCUCCCCAGGGCCCCCCGGGCCACCAGGACGCCCAGGCCCUGCCUACAAUCAAGGUGACACAGGUGACUCAGGCUUUCCUGGCCUUCCUGGUUUGCCAGGCCUCAAAGGUGACGUGGGGAUCCCUGGUCUCGCUGGAAUCCCGGGAGGAUCAGGAUUGAAAGGCAUGAGGGGUGACCCAGGCUUCAAGGGAAUGCCAGGUAAAGACGGGCUUCCAGGUGAUCCAGGUUUCCCUGGUCCAAAAGGUGAAAAAGGACAUCGAGGUGCCCCCGGCCUGCAAGGGCCUCCAGGCUGGACAAAGAGGCCCGACCAUCUCACAGCACCUCCUGGAGAAAUGGGACUGCCAGGAAUUGACGGCAUCCCUGCAUCUAACGGGGAUCCUGGGUUUCAGGGAUCACCCGGAGCGCAAGGUCCCAAAGGGAAGGCAGGCAGACCUGGCCAGAUGGGAUCCAGUGGGUUCCCUGGGGCAACCGGUAUGGUAGGAGAUCCUGGGUCUCCAGGAAGUCCAGGGUCACAGGGACCAGAAGGCACCCCUGGGAGGCCAGGCCCUUCCGGCUUGCCCGGGAUGGCCGGCCGCGAAGGCAUGGCCGUCGGCUACACACCCCUGGUGAAGCUAAUGCCAGUCGAACAGAUCCCAUAUGCCGUGCUCCCCGGCAUGAGCAAGCUCUGGGAAGGCUACAGCUUGUUGUACGUGGAGGGCCAAGAGAAGGCACACAACCAGGACCUCGGUUUUGCUGGCUCCUGCCUGCCUCGCUUCAGCACCAUGCCUUUUAUUUAUUGCAACAUCAACGAAGUGUGCUACUACGCCAGCCGCAAUGACAAGUCUUACUGGCUCUCCACCACCGCCCCCAUCCCCAUGAUGCCGGUCAGCAGCUUCCAGAUCCCCCAGUACAUCAGCCGCUGCUCAGUGUGCGAAGCUCCUUCCCAAGCAGUGGCUGUUCACAGCCAGGACAUCACCAUCCCGCAGUGCCCAGAGGGCUGGCGCAGUCUCUGGAUCGGAUAUUCCUUCCUCAUGCACACGGCUGCCGGAGCGGAAGGCGGCGGCCAGCUGCUCGUCUCCGGAUGCCUGUCAGACUUCCGUACCGGCUAAUUCGCUCAUCGAACGUAACGCUACCGGUGAACCUGCCACUUCAUUUCGCGUAAACAAGGUACAGCUUUUGGCUGGACUACCGGUCGUGAUCAGAGCCAGCAGUUUGUGGAGCGCCCCCUCUCAGAAACCCUCAAAGCCGGACAGCUCCGGACACGGGUGAGCCGGUGCCAGGUCUGCAUGAAGAACUUGUAGCCAGAGCUCCAGCCGGCGGUUGCCGAUGCAGAGACUCACGUUCUUGUUCGGCUGGAGGCCAAGGAACCCACCGCCUUCUUCCAGCUCUGGUGCUGACCCCGAGGGACCCCACAAGACGACGUUUUCCCACAGUUGGGGCAGGGAGACAUCGCCCUCUCGGACUUACAUCUGCGUCACAAAACAUGGUGCUACGUUUCUUUCGUCCCGGCUACCUCAACACGUCUUUCUUUUCCUUCCCAGUAUCUGCACCUGGCUGUUCUGUCUUCUCGGUGAAAUGCUGAACAGGUCGAGUAGGAUUUUAGGCGAACCCAGAGGGAAAGUACUUUCCUUCAAGCCGUUCAGCAGUGCCCUCGUACGUUAUGAAAUGAGGCCUGACGAUAAUUCCACAAAAGCAAUUAGGCCAGAAAAGAAAAGAAAGUCAUUUCGCUUGCCUGGAUACGGACGGCCUCGCCUAUUUCAGCCCUAAAAGGACCAAUAUCAAAAACUUCCACACAUGCAUCAGUCUAAACGUCCAUCCAUCUUGUCCGGGAUCUGGUUUCCCAUCGUGGCCCACCAAAUACUUUUGGGAAGGCCACAAUUCAGGCAUAAAGAGGACAUGGCCCUCCUUCACUGUUGCCCCACCAGUAACUGGUAUUGUGGCUAUUAGGUGCUACUGGACUCUGACCUAUCUCUGGUAUUCAGCCGCACACUGUCUCUGAAUCUGGAGAUUUCAUUUUCUUGUUGCGACUAACAGCCGCCAUGGUGGCCCUCGCGUCAGUGUAUCCGGCCUGGUGCCCUUGGGAAGUAAUCUGAGGGCCAAAAAGCAUGAGACCGAGGGCCUUUCCCCACUCGAAGGGAUCCCCCCUAUGCCGCACGCUGCUCUCAGCAUGCGGCAUCCCUGGUUGGCUACCUGAAUUGUCAUCACCAGAGCUUCAUUUUCUCUUCCAGUGCCAGGGAUGCCGCACG